AUGAGGACUACAGCCGCCGUUUCGUUGCUUCUUGUGGCAGGAGCUAGUGCCUUCACCUCCCAACCCCUGUCGGAUGUUCGCACCACCGGUGUUGCUGUGAACAUGGCAUAUGUCCCCGAUGGUUUCACAGCUGAAUCCUACAAGAAGUUCAAGGAGGCAGAAGCGAAGAAGAAGGCCACCAAGAAUCUUGGAGGUGUUGGACCACGAGGAUUCCAAUCUCGAUCCAUGCAAGCCUUCCAAGAGGCCAUGGAACGUGGAGAGGCCGAGCAUCUUCUUCCUGUCUUCAAUGCUGAAGAAAGAAUCAAGAAGGGAGAACUUAAGCGUGAAGAUAUUCCUUACAUGCAGCGUGGAGGAUCUUGGGACAACAGUGAUAUCAAAGGAGCCCGAAAAAAGCAGUGGUCUUCUCGUGACAAGGAAUACGCUUCAGGUGGUUUCAAGAAGGAACAGAGUGUCUCCAUCUUUGGAUACGGAGAAGGUCUUGACUGGACUGGUUCCAAAGCACGACAGGGUCCCUCUGAAUCUAUUCCAGGCGCUGCCCCUGUCUUCGGACGAAACUACAAGGCGCCCAAUGUGAACACCAUGAAGAUCCCUGGAAAGGGGCAAGCCGAAAAGCCCAAGAAGAAGGGAUUUUUCGGACUUUUCUAA